UAAGUAACAGUCAAAACGAGGAGAGCAUGGGAAAGAGAAAGAGGUUGUCACAGAUGAAAUGCCUGACACAAUUUCCAUGCACACUCAACUUUGUGAACUCCGCAAUAUGAGUAGGUGGCACUUUCUUUUUGCAUGACAAGCAAUCCAAAAUCUGAACUCUUCAGGAAGAGAGAGAAGAGAGAGAAGAGAGAGACCCCACUUCAUUCUUCAUUGUUCCUUGUUCCUUUCCAAGGACAGAAGAACAUACAAGUCCUUCAUAGUUGAUGGUGUUGCUAAAUAUACAUUCUUCAUCUUCAUCAUCACCACUGUGAGAGAGAUGGCUUAUUACAACAAAGGGGUGCAUAGCAGCAGUGGAGGGAGUCACAGAGGAAGACCUUAUGUUUUGAUAUUGUUGAUCAUUUUUGGGGCUGCACUGCUUGGGGUUAUGGUGCUUCACAAGCUCAGAGAGAGGCGCAUCUAUACCCUUCUAGUCAAAGAGAAAGAUCAUCAGAUUCUUGCUCUUCAGCUUCUCUUGCAGAAGGAAAGAGAUCGCAGCAAGGAGCUGAGAGAGAAAAACGAAGAAAUUAAGGGGAAGAUAUACGCUCUGAGAAGUCAGAAGAUGGAGUUGUCUAGAACAGUUGUGGAGAUGCAAUCCACCUUGGAUUCACUGAAAGAUGAGCAGAAACUGAUGGAAACAGCAUUUGAGGAGCAGCAGAAUGAGCUGAGAUUGAUGCAAGAAAAGGUGGGCAAAGUGGGACAGGGAGGCUCUGAGAUAGUGGCAUUAAGAGAGAAUCUUAAGCAUAAGGAAGCAGAGAUAGAAGACUUGAAGCGCCGUCUUGAAAGCCCAGUUAAUGAUCACCCAACAACCUUUCCUGAGAUUGUGACAGCAAAUGGAACAAAGCAAGCCCAAGAUGAAUCUGAGAAGGAGGAAGAUACCAGUGAAUCUGUCAAACAAGAGGGUGGUGACAACGAAGAUGCAAGUAAAAGUGAAUUAACCGAGUCCAAAGAUAGGGGUGUUGCAACUGAGAUGAAAGAUGAAAUUUGGACUGAUGGGGAGAUUGGAAAGGCAAACAAAAACUCACAAAGCGAUGGUGAUGGUGUGGUAAAAUAUAAUGAUGACGCCGAAGUGGUGUAUGGGAGAGAGAAGAAAACAAUGAGUGAAGAACAUUCAGGACAAGUAGAGGACAUUACAGAUAGUGGAGGUCAGGUGAAGCAAUUGGCUGGGAUGAAGAGGAAACAUGGCCAUGCAAGAAGAACAAAGGGAAAGCGCUGGAGAACCACUGUCAAUAGUAGUUUAAUGGAGAACAAUGUGGUUUCUGAUAACAUUGGCAAUAGAAAGGUUUAUAAAGAUGAGGCUAAAAGUAGAAGAAUUGGGAAAGUAUAUGAUGAGGAAAGUUUUCUAAGGAAGGAUGAAGGAGGGAACAAAAAUAGCCAAAGAAAAGACAAGUCACAGGCCAAUUUCUUAAAGCCUGACCGAGGAGAGGCCAAUGUCACAAGCAGUGGAACUAGCAUAUACCCAGAGAAUCAGAAACUGGACGAGAUGAGACGGUCAGAAGUGCAUGAACAGAGUGUUGCCCAACAAAACUGGAGCAAGAGACAUAUCAACAAAGCUGACAAGAAUGCAGGACAAACAAAAACUAAAGUGUUAAUUGAACGGCCAGAAGAAUUAGAGGAGAUUUUGCGUGUACAAAAGCAACAUAAAGAUAGUAUUGACACUAGCCAUGACGAUGACGAGGACGGUGAUGAAGAUAUUUUUAAGAAAUCGCAUUCUGAAUUUAAAGAUGAAAACAAUGAUUACAAGGAAGAGCUACACGAGUCAGAAUAUCAGUCUGGUUUGUAAUUAAGCUAUAUUCUAUAUUUUCUCCAUCCAUCUAGUGUUCAGAUGUCCUGAGAAAAAUUCCAACUCAUGAAAGUUUGUAUCGAAGUCAAGAAGUAAUAUAUCAGAAUAUCAGAACUUUUAUUUUUCUUAGUGGUAAUAUAUCAAAUAUUUUGUUUUACAAUCA